UGGAAGGCAUUCAGGCUUAAUUUGGGGAACUGGAGCACAGAUCCAAUUCCCUAAAUCAAGAGCCCCUCACCAACAUCAAGGAAGUAUUUAUGAGAGACUACGAGAAAAAUUUGGUGGAUUUUUUUUUUGGAAUAUUAUGAGUAAAUGUUGUAGAUUAAUUCCUAUCCACGGAAAGGCUUCAGUGGAAAAACUAUCAUAUGACACCUUUUGAUAAUAGUCCAAUUUUCCUCUCCUGAGGGCUAAUGUCGGAGACCAUGUCAAUGACUCCACCUCUGACCCCUCCCCUAGACCAGAUGGGGAAAGGGGAAGGGGAAGGGGACCUCCAGAUGGACAGUGACAGUCUUGACUACAUGGAUUUUUUUAUGAAUGAGUUUGAACCAUCUCCAGUCAAGAAAGAAAAAGCCUCUUCACCAGUCACAAAUGAGGGUCCUCUGAUAUUCUCUUGUUUGGGCGAAGUUCGCUGGACAGACAAUUUCAGUAACUUAUCUUGCACUGGCCGACAAGCUUUAGUGAUUCUGCAAUAUAGAAACCCUUGUCCUACUGCUCUGCACUCUCCAGAGGUGAUAUUUCACCUACCCUGCACAGCAGAUAACCUUCACUUUAAUCUCGUCCAUUUUUUCAUGGCUGUUCGGCAAGGUGUAAUAGAGUUGGAGAAAGGUGCUAAAUCAUCUUUGUGCACAAAUCAGAGUUGCCAUGAUGUGCAGUACCCCAAGAUUCGAGAGGAUAUUGGGACUUUCUACAACUGUCUCGUGUCCCAUGUACAUAGCUUAGGGAGUGAGGGAAAUGAAGAGUUUCUUAAGUGUGUGGUUGCAGAAGUUUUAGACACUUUACUUCACCUGGGCCCAUUGCAUGAACUGCAACAGCAUGUGACAUCUGCAAGCUCUUCACAGGGAAAUAAGUGCCCCUCUGCUGCUUACCAUUUACUUCACCUUCAUCUAGAUGUACGAUGGUGGAGUCUUGCUCUCAUUCAUCUUAUUGAGUCGACCUUGGGAUCUCUUCCUCACUGUGACUCCCGCUCUAUGGACUCCCCCUUCCUCCUUGUAUCAGAGCCACAAGGUGCCCAAGGGGCAAGUGUAUCAGAAAUGAAUGAGCAGUCACCCCUAGAGCAGUGUAUAUCACUUAUACUGUGGGAUCUUAUCACUAUCAUGUUUCGGGAAGGACUCAAGAAGGGUGUGAGUGAGAUGCAUCAAGUGGCAGGGUUCUCCUGUACAUGUUCGCAAGAACUGGGACUCAUGACGCUUCACCUUCUGGAUCAUAGACAUAUACGUCUUGCCAAACAGGGUUUCUGGGAAAAAAUUAAGUACAAACUACUUUUCCUGCUUAAAAUCUAUAGCGAAUCUUGUACUCCAGCUGCACGAUCAUCUUCCAGUAGCUCUUCACCAUCAUCUUCCUCAGUAUUAUCCUUAGAGCAGAGUAACCAAAUUAUUCAUUACCCAGCUGCCAUUGUGAAGGAAGUGCAACUUCCUCAUAUAUGGUGGAUCUUCUGUAACUUUUCUCAACUCUAUGGAUUUGAUAUGAAUGGGAAGAAAAUAGUGACAAAAUCAAUGGAAAUCAAGAGUGAAACAAAACUGCUGCGAACUCUUAUCAAAAUGUCUCUAAGUGAACCCAGAAGUGGACACCAGCCAACUGAAGCUGAGCUACGAUUUUACAUGCGAUGUUGUUUAAGUUUACAGCAACUGUGGGGUGGAGAAAGGAGCAGUGAAUGGGCGGUAGCUUUAUGGGAUUACUUCUCUAAGCAUCUUGAUGAUUCCUUUCUCCUACCCGGUGCAGGAUUAGAUGGGCUCGCAUGUGUUAGUAAAACUGCUAGUGGUUGGCUGGAACAAGUCAAAUCUCGAGCUUGUGAUUUAGCCUCAGUAGGGAAGAAUGAAACAUCAUGGCAUAUAUUUCUCAGGACUGUAGUGGGAGUGGUGGAAACCAGUUCAGCAGAGUGGCGGCAGAUGAGGGGCCGUAUCUAUUCUAAGUUCCACCAACGCAGAAUGUCAGAGCUCUCACCGAUGGGUCUUUAUAACUGCACAACUCUAUUUCUCAUUCUUGCCAAUACAACAGAUCUUGUUGAUGUGAGUAACAAGUUGGCUGAACUGUUGUCCAUGGUUCCAACAUGCAGUGUCAGUAAGGCACGGAUUGUGUGGAGAGGCUUUUUGGCAUCCACUUUACUGUUGCUUGCAUCUGGGUGUGACAUAUCUCCAGUUGUACAAAAGUUUAAUCCUAUUGUAGAAGCUGCUUGCCAUGAGUACAUAACAUCAAGGGAUGCCAUGCACAGAAGGGAUUUGGGCCAGUUGAUUACUAUAUAUGCUGAAGGAAUCCAGGAAGUGUUUGACCAAAGCCAUGAUCUAACACUAGCACAACAUUCCCUUAUAUGUGGAGGUUUGAGUGGUGUCCUUCAACAUGUUGGCAUUGUUGAAACCAAAGCUCUUCUUAGUGCCAUGGAUGCAGCCCUCAGCAAAGUUCUUGACAUUUCUUCAAAGCCUCAGUACCUGGCAGGAGGAGGAGGAAUGGGCUCUGAAGUUGUUGAAGUAAUUUGGAAAGAAUUUGGGACCUUUAUCAAAUCUCAGGCAACCACUCUGACACCACCAGCUGCUCUUGCAUCAGUGGCUGCUUCACUUACCUUCUGUUUGGGUCGAGAGAGCAGCAGCUCUACUUCAGGACUGAGAGAAGCAGCUUUAGGACUCUUUACUUAUUUUCUAACAAAUGAGGCUGUAAACCCACUGUGCACCAUACAGUACACAUCAUCACUUUUAGACCGACCAGGCAGUAUGUCCUUGAUGAGUAGCAUGUGUUCAGCAUACGAAGGUCUCUUGAUCUCUGGCUGGUUGUCAGCUCUAGUGAUUCUAGGAGAUUGUGAAGAAGUCAUAGUGCUCACUUCUAAGAUAAGGACUUUACCAAGCACAACAGCAGUUCUUCCUCACCAGCCACUUCCUUGUCCCUUUGCAGCUGCCAAGUCUCUGGUACGAGGAGUCUCUAAAAAGUUUUCAGAAACAGAGGUAAGACACCUACAGUACAGUGAGGAAUAAUUAAAGGAUGCUGUA